UAAAACUAAUUGAUAACUGCAAUAGCAUAUUAAAAAAAGUCGAUGUUGCGGCGUACGUUAUCGUAUAGUUUUUUUUUCUAUUAUUAUUAUUGUGAUAAGCAGACGAUCGAUUUUCUGAUGAUCAGCGAAGAAACACCAGUCUCCAAAUAAAUGCCUCACUAUGCACAUACAGCAAAAUUUCGUUUUUAUUAAUUUGUAGUUAAGCGAUCUAAGUAGCCUUCUUCUUGUUAAAAGAAAAAUACAGUCCACAUUAGCAACAGUCGAAGAGCAAAAGCAAUAUUUACUACAAACCAUACAAUACUAUUGAAACAAGUACCCUAAUUAUACUCAUAAUACUUGUUGAACUAUUUUAAACUUGGUGAACAAUAUUUGUUUCAAAUGUAUAAAAAUAUUGAAAUUUAUACCGAAGAAGAUUUAAAAAAAUAUGGACAAGCUAUUCAAACUCAUGGCGAUGUUGUAUUAUUAAUGAUUCAAGAUCUUCUGACAAUUGAUGGAUAUCAUUUUCCUUAUGAUUUAAUGACGGUAAAUUUAUAUUUAAACAAUAAUUCUGGUUCGAUAAAUGUAAUGUAUAGAUAUGAGACAGGUAAUAAUAUUGAAUAUAACAAAGUUUUUCUUGGUGUAAAAGGUUUAAGAUUACAAAAUUAUUCUAUGAUGACCCAGUUAGAACGUUUUAUUGAUAAUUAUUGUUCUAAUGUACUAUUAUCAGAAUUUGUCAAUUAUCCUAAUGAGGACAUGUCUAGUCAAUUAAAUAUUGAUGAAUUAGACUUUGUUACAAAAUAUCUAAAAGGAAAAAUUAUUAAAGAAAUAAUUCCCGAAAUAGUUGAAAUAAACAACAUAACAAGAUUUCACCCUGAAAAUGUGUUAUUUUAUAAUAUAAUGUUAAAUCAGUCAGAUAAAAAUUUAAUAUAUGGUACUGAAUUAAGACAACAUCAAGAAUUUGUUAAUGGUAAACCAAAAAAUAUUUUAGACCUUCUUCGAUUUGUUCCUCUUGAUUUGCAGUGUGCUGACAAAACUAACUUGACUAUACAUGAUAUAUUUCGUUUUGUGAAGUAUCAAUAUUUAUUCAUUGACAUGAGAGUAUUCCAAAAACUUUUAAUUGGUGCAACUUUUCAUCCUAUCGGAAUGCUUAUAGCUAAUUUCGUAUAUUUAGUAUCUGAAAUGAUUAAAAAUGAUAUAAUCCUCCAAGAUUACAAGUCUUUAAAAUGUUUGUGUAAACGAAUUAAAGAGAUUCUACAAUCAUAUAUUACUUUACACAUUUUUAGGGAACCCGCAAAUAUGUUUCUUAUAUCUAUUCUUAAUCAUUUAUAUGUAAUUUUAUAUUGGUUUCGUGGCACACGUCCAAUAGAAAACGAUUUACCAGAUGUAAUCAUAAAAAAAUUAAAAGAUUUUAUGGAUAAUAUUAUGAUAAAGUUCAAUAUAGACUCAGAAACAAAUGUUACGGAACAAAAUCUAAUGGAGAUAUAUGGAAUCAUAUUAGAAAAUACUGAUCAAGUUGAUUUAUAUGUUAAAAAACUCGAAAACUAUGCAGAUUCAUUUCAUUUGAUUUAUGACAUACAGGCAGUUCAAAGAAUAAACAUUAAAGACUUUAAAUUCUUUCUAACACCAGAUUUAAUAGAUAUAUUGUGCACAGAUAAUCCAAUAGAUAAUUGUAACAGUAAUUAUGAUAAAUGCGUUACUAGCAGUAACAUUAAUGAAUUUGAUGUUUACGACCUAGGGAAUAAUGAUGGUUUGGAUGUAUUCAAAACUGAAAAUAUUGAAAAUUUUAAAAACACUGUUUUCAAACGAAAAAAACAUGUAAGUCUGAAUUCAUCAAUUGACAUGAAAGAGAACCCAAGACACAUGGUGGAUUAUUUCAUUCCUUCAAAAUAGAAAAUUAUAAUUUUAUAUUAAUAA